UAAUGCCGAGGAAGGCACUUCUCUCUGAGCCUCAGUCUGCCCGCCUCUGAAAUGGGUUCAUAACAAACCCCUGACCCCAGGAUCCGCCGCCUAGAGCCAACGCCCUCACCCAAUCCUUCCCCUUCCCUCCCGGGCCCCCAGAAGGCGCGGGGACUCCGGAGGCGGCCCUUUCCUCGCGAGGCGCCCGGGUGGCACUGUCAGCGCCUCAACUCCCGGGGUCUCUGGACUCCGCGCUGCCCAAAGGGUGCAGAGGGGCCUCUGGAGGGGGCGGGUUCGCUCCAGCCAGAAAGCCCGGAGCCGCCCAGGAAUUUUGGCUCGGACUAAGAGCAUUUCCUCCCAGGCCGGCCGGGCGCGAUCCAGGGAGGGCGGCUGCGGGCAGACGCGGCGCUGCGCUCGGCCGGGCGGGCAACAUGCGGCCCCUGCUCUGCGCGCUGGCCGGGCUGGCUCUGCUCCGCGCCGCGGGCGCUUUGGCUGCUGCAGAACCCUUCAGCCCUCCCCAGGGAGAUGCAGCUCAGAGCACAGCGUGUGACAGACACAUGGCCGUGCAACGCCGUCUGGAUGUCAUGGAGGAGAUGGUAGAGAAGACCGUGGAGCACCUGGCGACAGAGGUGAAAGGCCUGCUGGGCCUGCUGGAGGAGCUGGCCUGGAACCUGCCCCCGGGACCCUUCAGCCCCGCCCCCGACCUCCUCGGAGAAGAUGGCUUCUGAGCCCCGGAGCUGGAGCCCAGCAGCUGCCAGUGGUGCACCUGCCAGUGGUGCACCUGCCAGGCAGCACCCUCUGAGAGCCAGCCCUGUCCGCUCGCCUUCCUUCCCCAGCUUUGUGUGAAAUAAAAGCUACUCCUUCCGCCUCCUCUGUGUCUGCUGACAGAGUAACCCGUUUAACUACAGCCCCCUCUCCCUCCACUUCCAUGCCUGGAGGAGGCCUGCAACCCCCUCCAGGCUCAGACCUGGGGACACCCCCAUUCCUGCCAUCUGUGCUUUAGCCCUCCUUAUUUACAGGAGCAGAUGAGCAGGGGUUGAUUCACAGAGGUGGGGGUUCUUCGAGUGGCCCUGCGUCUCAAAAUGUGGCCAUAGGUGAAAAGCAAGGGGAUCAGGGUCUCAGGCCCCACCCAGACUUCUUAAUCCAAAUCUGCAUUGCAAUGAGACCCCCAGGGAAUUUAUGUGUCCAUUAAAGUCGUUUGUUGUUUUUUU